CACAUUGGGCAAAAUAUUCCUGCAUCGCAGGGAGUUGGAAUAGAUGACCUUCAUGAUCCCUCCUACAGGCAGGCAGGCAGUUCAGACCUCUGGCAAGAGGGGUCUGUCUUUAUUCUGGCAUGUGGCCCCUAACAGAUUAUCCCACCCCUUGACAGAAGAAAGACUCCCCACCACUGAUCCAUAACUGUGCUCUGAACAUGUGAAUAACAUCCAAAAUCCUUCCCUAUAGCCUUUGUAAGUUAAGAGUACAAAAGGCUGAUAAACAGUAGUAGGAAUUAAAGAAGCUGGUGUAAUGCUCUAGGUAUUUUAAAGAGUAUUGGUGAACAGCUGCUUGUGAUUGACAGGAGCAUUCCAAGGCGGUUGGAGUCUGUUGGAAUCAGAGUCCAUUGAAGAAGGCCAUUGAGCUACCAUAUUUAUUUGCCACCAGUAGCUGCCUCUAUCUGCUCCCUCUGGAGGAAGGAAGGAGCCUGGGACGGACCCAUAAACACCUCAGCACAUCCCUAAUAUUGAGAGCCAGUCUUGUCUUUUUUAAAAAACAGGAGUUAAGUAAAGUGUGGAAUAGUAUCAGUAGUGGUUAGGAGACUCAGGAAAGAAAAGUUAGUGAGAUUAGGGUGAGGACAGGGAUGGAAGAUGCAGAAAUAGACUUUUCAGUUGUGGAUAGGCUCAGACUUUGCUCUCAUUUUAUAGGAAGAAGUCCCAGGUGGUACUGGUUAAUAAUAUACACCUUUUGAUUUGUUUAACCCUCCAAAUAUUAUUUUCUGGCUCUGGCUCUCCCAUGAGCAUGAAAAUGUCUACCUAGAUCCAUCUCUGCCAGGGCUUGGCAGCCUGUUGUGAUCUUGAGAACACAGCCCAGAAUGUUUACACCGGUAGAACUAACCUUCCACUUGAGCUUUAUCUCAUUUGAAACCUCUUGCCUUGUUUUUGCAGUUGCCUUCCUGAGACUUCAUGCCACAGGUUCCUUUCCAGUACGUCUGUCUGGAGGCCCAAGCCUCUGUGCAGGACGGGUGGAACUGUUCCACCAGGGUGAAUGGGGGACAGUGUGUGAUGACAGUUGGGAUUUGCAGGACGCAGCUGUGGUGUGUCGAGAGCUAGACUGUGGGGCUGCCCUUUCAGCACCCCAUGGGGCCUGGUUUGGUGAAGGACCUGGACCCAUCUGGCUGAAUGAGGUGCGCUGCAUGGGCACUGAGGAAUACCUGCACUCCUGCCCCCAUAUUGGGUUUCGCAAGCAUGUCUGCACCCAUGAGGAGGAUGCCAGUGCCAUAUGCUCAGCUCAGCGCUUUGCUCCUCUUACCGCCUUCCCCCCUCAACCGGCAUUCAGAUGGGGCAACAUGAAAGCAGUAACGACAGCAAGACCACUCAUAUCUUCUGCACCUGCUGAGGGGACCCCUGCUCUACGUCUCGUGGGUGGCAGAAGCCGCUGUUCCGGCCGACUGGAGGUGUUUCAUGAAGGGGAAUGGGGCACAGUAUGUGAUGACAUGUGGGACCUUCUGGAUGUUGCUGUGGUCUGCCGGGAGCUGGACUGCGGGGAGGCGCUGGCAGCACCAGGCGGCGCCUUCUUUGGUGAGGGGAGCAGUGUCAUCUGGUUAGAUGAUGUACAGUGCCAAGGAGAAGAGUCAAUGUUGUCGGAGUGCCAUACCAGCCUUUGGGGGACAACCAACUGCCGACACAGUGAAGAUGCUGGGGCUGUGUGUUCUGGUGAGAUGCCCCUGGCCAUGGUGGAAGAGCAUGUGGCCAUGCUCACAAGGACCUUGGCACCCCAGAGGCGCCGGUAUGUAGCCCCUAAAAGAAUUCCUCGUCCUACUCAGCCUACAGGGAACCAAGAAACAACUGUAGCUAAUGAAGCAUUACAAAUAGAGAAGAGCCAAAAGGAAGCAGUGCCAGAUGGCCAGUGGCAGGUGCGGCUGCAAGGAGGCCCUGGAUCCUGUGCUGGACGGGUAGAGGUUCUGUAUCAAGAUUACUGGGGCACAGUAUGCGAUGAUGGCUGGGAUCUGGUGGACGCGGCAGUGGUGUGCCGUGAGUUGGGCUGUGGGGCCCCUCUUCUCAGCCCUGGUAAUGCAAGAUAUGGGCCAGGAUCUGGACCUAUCUGGUUGGAUGAUGUCAACUGCACUGGGGCAGAGUUCACUCUACAGAACUGCCGCUCCCAGCCAUGGGGGACGCAUAACUGCAAUCAUCAUGAAGAUGCUUCAGUCAUCUGCACAGGCAGGUGGAAGAGUCUGUCAUUGCCAAACUCAUCAAGCAAUUCAAAGAUAGCUGCACCUGCUACAACCAUUAAUCCAGGGCAAAGCGUCUUGGAUGUGGCUGAGACCAGCCCAACUACUCAGGAGUUUUCAGCCAGCUGGGAGCUACAGUUCCCUGAAGCACCAAUCCUAACCACACAAACUGUGGAGCUCGAACUGGAAAAGGAGCAAAAGCAAGCGAGCCCCUUCAACAGAAUUGAAACAACCACUAAUACAGAAGCCCUGCAGCACAUCCAAGAGGUGGAGUCAAGCAACACUCCAAAGAUAGAACCAUCCUCACAGGAAAGGGGACAAGAGCCCAUUUAUGCCUCAGUUGAAUCUCUGCCAACCUCAGCCACACUGGAUCUGGUAUCUGAAAGAGAAACAGAGACAAUAAGCCUGUGGAAUAUAGAUAAAGCAACACUUAAUCUAGAGAUCCUGCAGCACGUUCAGGGGACAGAGUCAACCAGCACCCCCAAUACAAGGCCACAAACACAUGGAUUGGGACAAACCCCCACCCCCUCCACAGCUGAGUUUCAGCCAACCUUAGCCAUGCAGGAACUGGAAUCUGAGGAAGAAACAGCGACAACAAGAACAGGAACAGGACUGCCCAUAGUUGAACCAGGCCUAACACUUGCAACAGAGGUAGUGCAGUCUAAGCAAUGGGACAUUGCAUUUAAAGUGCCCUCAGUACAGAAGGUAGAACUUACCAAUCCCACAGCUACAGAUCAGCCUACCACUUCCACUUCAGUUCAGGAACCUGAAAGAGUGAAUGUAAUUGAUAAUGUAGUAAAGGAGCUGUUCCUGUUCUCAAAUGUCUUGAAGGUUGCAAGAGAGAUGGAAUUGUCAGCAGCCACACAGAAUGCACCAUCUGUAAACCACAUGGAAUCCAUAAACCACAAAUCUUCACAUUCUGAAGAGAACACAGAUCAGAAGCAACAAGAGGAAUCACACACAUAUUCCCAUACCAUGGGGCCCACAGAGCCUACCAUUGCUCCCAUUGUCUUGACCUCUUUGGCUGAAACAGAUGUUCAGGAUACGACUGUUCUGCUCCAAAGUACAGUGUCACAUACAGUUUCUGUGGAUGAGCUGCUUGAAGAUAGUAUGGUGAGCUCAGGAAACACAGAAAGAGGAGCUGGUACCACCUCUACACCAGUCUUGAUUGAAGCACCAGGUCCAAACACCACUUUGCCUGAAUCUGUCACCCACACUGCUACAGUUAGCGAGUCAUCCUCGGACUGCCCUUUUAGCCAAGACUCAAGGGGAAAGGAUCAAGGCUGUUGCUGUUCACCACCUGGCCUGGAAAACUUGGUCCAUGCAAUGACAGGUCUCCGUGGGGAACUAGGCUCCCUCUCUACUGCCAUUCAACAUCAGGGCUCUCAACUAGAGGCUCUUGCCCGCAGUCUGGCUGAGCUGGCAGUUUCUGUGAACCAUCUUGUGGUGGUGCUGCCUACCUUACUGCAGCCAGCAGCUGCCCAGUCCUCCUCAGCUCAAAAUACGCAGGAUGAAGGCCAAAUGCAUAACCAGCUGCCCUUAAAAUGAAAAUAGGACUUUCUAUAAGGAAAGGAAGUUGCCUCUCAAGCCAACUAAAGUCAAACUUCUGCUAUGAGGUGAGCCCACCUCCCAUGAAAUCCCAUUAAAUAUGCCAUAAGCAGAGGUCAUACAUGCUACAAAAAGGUACUAUAGGAGACCUCCACCCCAAUGGUUAUGGGAUUUUGGUUGAUCUAUUUAUAAGCAGUUAACUAGAAAAAUGUGCUGAGAAUGGUAAAAUUGGGAAACAUUGCACAGUUCACAGGAGGAUGCAUGAUCUGAAAUCCAGAAGUCAAACGGAUUUGUAGAUUUUUUUUUGAAAAAUGAACAAGAUAUAGCAAUUUCAAAGGUAAAAAUGCAGAACCAAUUAUGAUUGGGUACUAGAUUGAUUGGGUACUAGAUUGCGCUAAGAAAAAUGUUCAAAUAAGUGUUUGUAUAAUUGCUUACAUUGAUGUGUGGUGGGCUGAUCAGUAUUAUCUUCUAAAAUAUUUUGGAUUUUAACAUAAACCUUCAUGAAUACUCCAUUCAUUUGUUUGUGUAGGCUGGUCAUUGAACCUUUCUAUGUAAUAAACUGUUGAAUUUUG